GAGAUCCUACAACUAGCAUUUUUAUGCGCUAAGUGAUUCAGACCGUUCCGCAGUGACUCGGUUAGUGUCUUGUGCUCCACACGCUUUUUUAGUUUGUGGUGAACCUCUCGUUGUCUUUGUGUUCGGAUCGCAACUCUCGCUUUCGACAUGCCACUCAAGCCUCCAGAUAACGCAAAAUGCCCCAAGUGCGGAAGGUCUGUAUAUGCUGCCGAGGAGCGUCUUGCCGGUGGUCACAAAUGGCACAAGACAUGCUUCAAAUGUGGAAUGUGCAACAAGAUGUUGGAUUCCACAAACUGUGCCGAGCACGAGGGAGAGUUGUUUUGCAAAGUGUGCCAUGCCAGGCAGUUUGGACCUAAGGGGUAUGGAUUCGGUGGUGGUGCCGGAUGUCUGUCCAUGGACACGGGUGAACAAUCUCAGGAAGGAAGGUGCGCAAAAAGAUGGAAUUUCGCACUGCACUAUUCGUGUUAGUGCUGCAAACUCAUGGCAGGCUCCAAACACCUCCUGCAUCCAGGCUAAGGAGGGCGAAGGUUGUCCUCGGUGUGGAGGAGCGGUUUAUGAAGCGGAGAAAAUGCUGGCGAAAGGACGAGUUUUCCAUAAGACUUGCUUCAAGUGUCGGGCAUGCAGCAAAUUUUUAGACUCCACCUCGCAUUGUGACGGCCCAGAUCGCGACAUUUAUUGCAAGGUAUGUUACGGCAAGCGUUUCGGACCUUGUGGCUAUGGGUUUGGGUUGGGAGCGGGUAUUUUGCAGAGCGACGAGUCACUCCAAAACGGUGACCAGUAUUUGUCCAAUAAGCCGAAUCUCAUAUCGUCUACAACUACCAUCAUGGCUGAAGAAGGCGAGGGUUGUCCUAGAUGUGGAGGAGCUGUGUUUGAAGCUGAGAAAGUUCUAGCAAAGGGUCGAUUGUGGCACAGAAAAUGCUUCAAAUGCUGCGAGUGUAAUAAAACGCUAGACUCGAUCAAUGCCUGUAACGGCCACGAUAAGGAAAUCUAUUGUAAAACCUGUUACGGAAAGAAAUAUGGACCAAAGGGUUAUGGAUUCGCAUGCGGUUCAGGCUUUCUACAAACUGACGUUAUGCCGAACGAAGAAAACGACACACAGAGACCAAGCUAUGCUGCGUCAAGGGACUACUCAAAAAUCAAGCCGACGAAUCCAGGAGAUGGCUGUCCACGUUGUGGUGGUGCCGUCUACGAGGCGGAGAAAAUGCUGGCAAAGGGCUCGGUAUGGCAUAAAACUUGCUUUUCAUGCGCGUCCUGCCGAAGGCCCCUGGAUUCGAUUUUGUCUUGCGAUGGUCCAGACCGAGAAAUUUACUGCAAAGCUUGCUACGGCAAAAAUUUCGGACCUAAAGGUUAUGGGUACGGCUACUCUCCCACCUUGAUCUCCGUUACUGGAGAAUCCACUGCCCCGUUGUCACAGAACAUUGAGGGAGAAAAGGCACCCGAAGGUGAAGGCUGUGGUAGGUGUGGCAUGAAAGUAUUUGAGGCUGAGAAGAUGCUCGCGAAAGGGAGGGUGUGGCAUCGUAGGUGCUUUUACUGCAGCGAUUGUCGACGCAGUUUGGAUAGUACCAAUACUAAUGACGGGCCUGACGGAGAUAUUUACUGCAAAGGUUGCUAUGCAAGACGCUUCGGACCUAAAGGAGUUGGGUACGGAAUAGGUGCAGGAGCUCUGCAAAUGAUUCAAUAAUCACUGCCAGGAAUUAAUCCUUCAUUAAAUACCGACAAAGCCAUCAUCAUCAUCAUUAACCCGAAUUGAAACCAAAUGAUUAAACUGCUGAGUUGAAAUUAUCAGUAAUUGGUCAGCAUGUUGCUCUAAUUCUAAUUCUAAUCUAUGCAGGUAGCUAUUUUGGCAAUUAUCAUGAUAAGCUUAUUACUACGGCUGAUAAGCUGAGGUCCUACUACAUACGUUGUAUUGUGCAUUUUAUUAUUUUGAACUGAUUGAUGUAUUUAUCAAACUUGUCUGAGACCAAAUUGAGCGUUAAGACAUUUUUAUGUUAUUUUAUGUUUUUUUUCUUUCUUGAUAUGAAGAAGAAGCAGGUUAUUUCGGAUUAUGGUUAUGUGUAUGCAUGUAUUUCAUAACGUUGUUGUACUCUCUCCUAGUCAGUCGGUGCAUGCUUAAAUGUGGACAUGGAUGCGGUCAACUCUUCUUUCGCUUGAUAUAAUUGUGUAUAUCACCAACAUUAGUAUGUAAAAUUACAGAUAUUUUCGUCUUACAAAAAUUUCUAGACUUCUGCUUGCUCUGCUGAUGAACUGAAUGUGUUUGAGGUGUUUUUUCCUCAAAAAUCUACUUGAAUGAUGACUGAAAACAUUUCUCUUCUCCUUGUUGUUGGGACGUGUUUAUCCGACGUGUAAUCACACGACACAUCCAAUAACAGCGUUACUAGGUCCGCUAAUGUAUGUAUGGAUAAAGUAUAAUUUACUGUAUGCCAAUAAGUUGAUAUUUUCUUUCCGUUUUCAUCUUACUGCUAUUAUUACUUGUGUACGUAGAGCGUAAUUAUUCUGCUAAUUAUUAAUCUACGGUUUCGUUUUAAUGCAUCAUCAUCAUCAUGUGUUGUCGUCACCCGAGGGAGGAGUCCAUUAAUGUAUGUUUGAUGAAAAAAGCGAGAUUGUAGUCCAGCUAUGUAUUCCGUUGCUUUAGAAUAUUAUUUACUGAGAUGUUUUUUGGCUGCGUUUGAAUAAUUACAAUAGAAAAUGCCUAAAAUAUAGCUGCAGCCGUAAAUGCCACCACUAUCAGUAUCACUUACACAAAUAAGCGUAAUUUUUCAUUACUGCUAUUAAGUCUCAAUGAAUGUACGACAAAACAAACCAAAUCUUGCUAAUAAAAUAAAUUAUCCACUA